UUUAUGACCUAUGUAAUAUGCUUUUCUUAUUCAGGAUUGUUUAUCAGAUUUAGCUGAAUUGUUAAAGACGUGUUUUAACCUUGGUGAGGUUGCUUGUGGGCAAUCAUUCCGAACUGUGUAGUAAAAAAGACUUCACAUUAUAUUUUAAGGGUUCUAAAGUCAAAAUCGUGAGAUUAAUAAUGGCAGGAAAAUCUUCACUUUUUAAAGUAAUUCUCCUUGGAGAUGGUGGAGUUGGGAAGAGCUCUCUGAUGAACAGAUAUGUGACCAAUAAGUUUGAUACCCAGCUCUUCCAUACAAUAGGUGUGGAAUUUUUAAAUAAAGAUUUGGAGGUGGAUGGACAUUUUGUUACCAUGCAGAUUUGGGACACGGCCGGUCAAGAGCGAUUCAGAAGCCUGAGGACACCAUUUUACAGAGGUUCUGACUGUUGCCUGCUCACUUUUAGUGUCGACGAUUCUCAGAGCUUCCAGAACUUGAGUAACUGGAAGAAAGAAUUCAUAUAUUACGCAGAUGUGAAAGAGCCCGAAAGUUUUCCUUUCGUGAUUUUGGGCAACAAGAUUGACAUAAGUGACCGUCAGGUGUCUACAGAAGAAGCCCAAGCCUGGUGCAGGGACAACGGCGACUAUCCUUACUUUGAAACAAGUGCAAAAGAUGCCACAAAUGUCGCAGCGGCCUUUGAGGAAGCAGUUCGAAGAGUGCUUGCUACUGAGGAUAGGUCAGAUCACCUGAUUCAGACAGACACGGUCAGUCUGCACCGAAAGCCCAAGCCUAGCUCAUCUUGCUGUUGAUCGUUAGAGAGGUUGCCCAUGCGAUCUAACCAACUUACACACAUUCACAGAAAAACAAAACACGGUGGAGAAGAGAAUUAGCAUUUGCAGCAAUGGAUCAUCUACUCAUAAAAUUAAACUAACCAUAUUGCUGCUUUGUUAGUGGGUGGGAGAAGGGACACAUCCACUCAUGGAAGAAUCAAUGUACUCAGUAGUGGCACCUUACAUUUAUAAAUUGUAAUGGUUGUCUAAUAACAUUUAAUUUAAAUAUGUACCUUGCAGAGCUAAUAAAUGAGAUGAUCAGUACUUUAAUUAUAAUUAAAACACUUGAAUAUUCUGGAAGUUAUUGUUUGUUUUUCCUGGGAAAAUGGAGAACUACUUUUUAUAUGUGUAUAUUUUUAUGUAAUUAGCAUUCAGUUCCUGGUUGAGGGGAAAAAAGAUUCCCUAAAGCAAUAAUGUUAAUAAAGAUUAAAACCUAA